GAAAGCCCUGCCGUCGCGUUGUCGAGUCAUCGCCAGAGAAGAGCGGAGAGCAGACGGUGCAGCCGUCUGAUGGCUUGAAAACGGGGAAUAACUGUGGUUCACAGCGGAUUAAUUGCACCACACAAGCCAAGAGGAGCGGAACCGCGGCCACUGGAGCGGCCUGGGUGUUGAUACGGAUGAGGAUACGGCAUCUUUGAGUUAGAGCGUUGCCUCUUUUGGCUGCGGUAGCAGACCCGGACACAGACAACACAGAGACAGACAUAAAGAAGUACCAGAGCCGCCGCGACACCAGCGAGCGAACUUGGCUUCUCUGCCCUGUGGGAGGUGUCAUUCUGUCGGCUGCGAGUCGCUGCACGUACCGCUCACCGCGGCGCUUGUUCGGCCCUUUAAAAAAAAAAAAGAAGGAUAAGGCUGCAGCUAAGUUAUGUUUUUGUAAAUAGCUUAUUUUUUCGGGGUUUUCAGCAACCAACUGUGGCUUUAAUGUGACGCACUAUACUGACACUUUGGAGCUUUGUAAAUCGGAGCGGACUCCCACUGCAGAGGAGUUAAAGGCGUUUAAAUCAAGUUUUUACCUUCAUUUUUCUGCGGUACCACUACAGCCCACACCGAUGUAAUAGGGACAAGGGCCAAAGCAGACUAAGCUGGCCUAGGCUAGGCCUACCUAGCCUUCUGUCUGGAUUUACCAGACGGGCCAGCAACUUCUACAGGGAGCCCUAUCUUCAGCGAGCAGUGGGGGGCUUCAUCCUAUUCUUACACAAACUGCACCAGAGCUCAAGUCAAGCUGAAACUGGAUUGGAUUCCAGUCAUAUUUCAUCUUAUCAGCCUGGGGGAGGCCAUACUGGUCUGUUGGAACUCCAGUUCGUCCAUGUUGUUGUCAUCCCUCUCUGGAUGUUGCUAUCGGGAUGGAUUCGGGUGUUAAUUUGACGGUUGUCACCUCAUUGCAGUGCUUGCACCCCCCCUCCAUUGACUGCCUCUCGUCCCCUCCCUCCCCAGUCUUUAAGAGAAAGCCCCUUCCUCUCUCCUGGGGCUUCCCUGAGUACAGAAGAACAGAAGGACCUUGUAGGAACUGUUGGUUGUAUUGUUGAAACCGUUGCAAAGAGGAAGUAGAGUUAAUAAAUCCUUGCUAAAAAAACCUACAAACCACAAUGAAAAUGACUGCGUUCAGUUGAUUUGGUUGAUUUUGUUUUGUUACCCUUCCCCUUUUGUUUUUCUUGGAGUUUGAUCAGAGGUUGGAGAACUUUUCACUUGAAAAACAAAGCUUGCUAGUCAAGAUUUGUGCCCGCAUGCACACAGUUUACACAUAGGUUGGUCUGAUUACUCACAUAAAAUAAAUCCUUAUUUAUACUUACAGAAUUUCUCUUUUGUGGUCUGAGCCUAACGGAGCAAUGUCUGAAAGCAGCAGCAAAGCGGUGGAAUUCAUUGCCCCGGCCCCCCCUCCUCCCUCUGCAUCUCCCUGUCCCUCACCCCAGACCCCCCACAAAAAUGUGAACACCCCUGCCAGUUCAGACUCUCAUGUGGUGGAGAAGCUCGACGGACACCCUGAGGUCCAACGGCGGCGCCACACGAUGGAUAGAGACUCUAAAACAGCCGAGCACCGUUUCUUCCGCCGGAGUGUCAUAUGUGACUCCAAUGCCACAGCUUUGGACCUGCCCAGCAAAGCAGCCAUGAUACUGUCCUCACCUCCAGACUGUGAAGGGCCACUCACUCUCUACCCUCAACAGCCUGGACCUGGGGUACAGGAUAAAGAACACGGGAAGGUCCCAGUAGGUCUCUAUGUGCAAAGCCAGACCCUUCAACCUGGGCUUGGUGGGGCAGUUGCAGAGGGGAACAUACAAAACGAGGAAGAUUUACUUGUGGGCAAUAUCACGAUCGCCGUUCCCACCAGUAGCAGUGUUCAGCAUGGUCCAGAUGGGGCAGUAAAAGAUCCCAGCCCGACAGUAUUGGAUGUUACCGCCAAAAUAGUAGGCAAGGAGCCUGACGUGACAUUGCGCCCCAGAGGGUCAGAGGCCACACAACAGGCGGUGAAAGAUGGAAAAGUGAUAGAACAUGUGGAUGAGGGUAGCGUUAGAGAGGAGAAAGAGAGGGAGACGGAGGAGGAGAAGGAGCUAGCGAAAGCACGGGCAGAGCAAAGGGAGGCCGAGAAACGAGUGCAAGACGAUAUAGAGGAAGUGGAGACAAAAGCUGUGGGGACUUCACCAGAUGGACGCUUCCUAAAAUUUGACAUCGAGAUCGGAAGAGGGUCCUUUAAGACUGUUUACAAGGGACUGGAUACAGAGACUACUGUGGAAGUGGCAUGGUGUGAGCUCCAGGAUCGCAAGCUGUCCAAGUCAGAGCGUCAGCGCUUCAAAGAGGAGGCCGGGAUGUUGAAGGGUCUCCAGCAUCCUAACAUUGUCCGCUUCUAUGACUCCUGGGAGGGACCAUGCAAAGGAAAGAAAUGUAUUGUUCUGGUGACUGAGCUAAUGACAUCUGGGACCCUUAAAACCUACCUGAAGCGCUUCAAGGUGAUGAAAAUCAAGGUCCUGCGUUCGUGGUGCAGACAGAUCCUCAAAGGCCUUCACUUCCUGCACACCAGAGCUCCACCCAUUAUUCACAGAGACCUGAAAUGCGACAACAUAUUUAUCACGGGGCCCACAGGCUCGGUAAAGAUUGGGGACCUGGGUUUAGCCACGCUGAAGAGGGCCUCCUUUGCUAAGAGUGUCAUCGGAACCCCAGAGUUCAUGGCUCCAGAGAUGUAUGAGGAGAAGUAUGAUGAAUCUGUAGAUGUCUACGCAUUCGGGAUGUGUAUGCUGGAGAUGGCUACCUCAGAGUACCCCUACUCUGAAUGUCAAAAUGCUGCCCAGAUCUAUAGGCGGGUUACUAGUGGAGUGAAGCCUGCCAGUUUUGACAAGGUAGCCAUUCCUGAGGUGAAGGAAAUUAUAGAUUGCUGCAUCAGAACAAACAAGGAUGAGAGGUAUGCUAUAAAGAUCCUGUUGAACCAUGCGUUCUUUCAGGAAGACACGGGGGUCAGGGUUGAACUGGCAGAGGAGGAUGAUGGGGAAAUGAUUGCCAUCAAACUCUGGCUCAGGAUAGAUGAUGUCAAGAAGCUCAAAGGCAAAUACAAAGACAACGAAGCCAUCGAAUUCUCCUUUGACCUGAACAAAGACGUCCCAGAAGAUGUGGCCCAGGAAAUGGUUGAGUCUGGCUACGUUGCUGAGGGUGACCAUAAGACCAUGGCCAAGGCUAUCAAGGACCGCGUGUCUCUGAUCCGGAGGAAGAGAGAACAGAGGCAGCAGGUACGAGAGGAACAGGAGAAGAGAAAACUGGAGACUGAACAACAACAACAACAGCAGCAGCAGCAGCAGCAGCAGCAGCAGCAGCAGCAGCAGCAGCAGCAGCAGCAGCAGCAGCAAGAGUCACUCAAACCUUUACACACACAGGCAGAGACAGAGGAGACGGAAAUGGAGCAACAGCAGCGUCACUAUCAGCAGACCAGCAUCUCACACACAUCUGAAGGAGGUUUAGACAGCGGCACAGGUUCUUCAGUUUUCUCCUCAGACUCCCCCCACUUGGGUCAGCUGGCCAUGACGUACAUCUGCCCCCCUUCAAGCCAGCCCCCUUCCCAGCCCCAAACCCCCUACCCCUCCUCCCAGCCCCAAACCCCCUACCCCUCUGCUAACCCACAGCAGCACCCAGGCUACACCCAGCCGUCGCAGUCAAUGCCUGAGUUGCGCCGUCGUCGAAAUCGUAGCAUGUCUGUUUGCGUCCCGCCCUCCUCCUACUCCUUUUCCCAUGUUCUCCGGCCCCUGGCCGUUCCUCCAAAGCAGCCCUCCACCCCUCCUCCAGGCCCGUUCUCCUCAUCCUCUUACACCAUCACCUCCCCCUGCAUGCCUCUCACAGCUGAGAGGGACACAUUCGCUGGGCGCCUCUCCCAGGCCCUGGAGACAGUCCUGCCCCUUCAGUCUGCCUCCUCUCUGCCCAGGGCCAGGCAGCGGAGGGCCAGCCUACCUGCUCUGUUCUCCACCCCUCAGCAUUCAAUGCCACAUCACUACAGUGGAGGAGCAGGAGGAGGAGGAGUAGCAGGAGGGAGUAUCCCCCACUCAACUCUCCCAGACCCCACUACUAUUUUCUUCCCCUCCAUCCCUGAGCGGCCCAUUUCCUUCUCGCCUCCUCCCACUGGGCCUUCUAAGGCCUACAACACCCAGAGACGCAAGAGCACGUCGAUUCUCGAGGCUCAUACCAGACACUUUCAGCCUGCUUACACUCGCUAUGGGAGCAGCCUGCAUCCCUUUUCUGGGAUGGAAGGUGUUGAGACCCCCUCUCUCUUCAUGGUAAAUCCCGGUUUUGCAGCAGCUUCUCAAAGACUUGGUGUUGGGGAGUCGCUGCAUCUCCCAGGACAGUCUGACACAAGUUACAGCUAUAAAGACAUGAGAGCGGAGCAUGAGGAAGCAGUGAGGAGAUUAAGUCUAAGUCAAGCUGCCUUAUUGGACCAUUAUGAAGCAAUGGCAUAUGGAGGAUAUCCAAUGACUGCACACCAGCUUGGCUUCAGUUUUCAUCAGCAGAGGCAAGCAGCAGCUGCUAGUUUGGGUUUUGAUUCUGUUCCGACACCUCAACCCGGGUUCUUGCACCCACACAUCAUGCAGAGACUGAGUGCACACAGCCCAGUUCCUUCACCCUUACCACCCAUGAGUGUGUCCACUGGUGGCUCUGUUUCUUCGUCCUCUGAUGGAUGCUUUCCUCCACCACAUCAUGCUUCCUCUUCAUCUUUCCCUAUUUCUGCACCUCCAGUAAUGACUGACACCCCACCAUCAACUGGAAGUGUGUUUGAGUUCCAUUUAGCUGCAGCCGCUGCUGCAGCUGCUGCUGGAGACCCAAGCCUGCUGGCAUCCAGACUUUACCGGGCCCGAAGGAGCUCCAUGGACCUCCCUCUAGAAGACACCGGAGCUGGAUCAGGUGGUUCAGGCACGUACAGCCGUCUCCAGCCAGUUACAGAAGAGCUGUACUCAUACGUCAGUCCCGAGCUCCCCUUACCUCCAGGAAGUCUUCUACUUCACCACUUGGGUUUAACCACAAAAGACAGAAGCCCAGAACCUUCUAGUGACUCUUUAGCCUCCUCUGACGCCGGGGAGUUCCAGUCACCUCCUCUCCUUCCUCCAUUUGAUUCCUCAGCUGCUCAGUCCAUCCCUCACUCAUCCUCCGCUGCGCUCUACGAUUCAUCCGGCGGAGUGUUUUCCAUAGAUCCCCAAGGACAUCCACCCUCCAUGCCUAGCUUUCUACCUCCCACUCCAUCCUCCGAGCUCCAGCUUGGGGGAACAUCAUCUACUCAGCUGGAGUCUCUGAUCCAGAAUGCCUGGGCCCGGCAUGGCGGGGUGAUACCAGCCCAACCCGAUAUGACAUACCAUGAGUCCUUGCUGGCCAUGCAGGCCGCUAACCCCACUCUGCCGAAGGUUCAGGCUCCCACGUCCCAGCCCUCUCCAGGACCCCCUCUGGUCCCUGCCUCCAACCAAGCAGGUCCCCCAGGGACCCCCCAACAGGUUUCAUCUAGUCAGAGUAGUACAUCUCUUCAAAGCCCCACACAUACAUCUAUGCCGCAGGCGUCUGCACAGCCCAGUGUAACUCCAUCUGCCGUUUCCUUGGUGACCCUGCCCACUCCGUUGCCAUCCCUCCCUGUUACCAUGCCGGCAGCGGUUGUGGCUUCCCCUCCCUCUCCUCUGCCUCUCCCUGUUGGGGUGGUGUCUACUAUUGUUUCCCCUCCUCCUCAUCCUGUGCCCACACCUGUGCCUCAGCCAUUGGCCACCGUGGUGCCAAUCAUCAGUGUAGUCACCGCCCCACCCGAUACUCCCAUGGAAGCCCCUCCCCAGUCUGUCUCUCAGUCUUCAGAGCUGUCCCAGUCACAACUACAGCCACCUCAAGUUCUCUCAUCUAUAGAGAGUGGCCACUCUGAGACUUCAGGUCUGAGUGACGGGAACGAGGGAGGAGGAGGUCGCCAUGAAGGUCGCUCCACCAAGCGACAUCAGAGACGUUCUGUACGAAGUCGAUCACGCCAUGAGAAGCUUUCCAAGGCGAAACUCAAUGUUCUCAAUAUCUCCAACCGAGGAGAUAGGGUUGCAGAGUGUCAGCUGGAGACACACAACAGGAAGAUGGUGACUUUCAGGUUUGACCUGGAUGGAGAUAACCCCGAGGAGAUCGCCAUGAUCAUGGUCCAAAGUGAGUUUAUUCUGGAGAGUGAGAGGGAGUCGUUCAUUGAGCAGGUCAGAGAGGUGAUAGCGAACGCUGAUGAGAAGGGUCUGGAGAGAGACACAAAUAGCCAGAUGGCAGGUGAUAUGGAGCAGCAGAUUCCUGCUAUAUCUGCCCCCAUGCCAGACAUUCCUCCCUGUGCAACAGCACAAGUGGUCCAUUCAGCAGGCCGGCGGUUCAUCGUCAGCCCAGUACCUGAAGCCAGGCUGAAGGAACAAAGGUUUCCCACCUCUCCUGCCCCUGUACCUCCUGUUGAAACAGUUCCUCAGACUGCAGGCCAAGGUUUGGCAUUGUCCCAGUCUGCCGGAGCAAUCAGCUUACAACAAGCCUUCUCUGAGCUCAGACAGAACCAGGCUCAGUUUGAUGCCGGACCCAGCACGGCCCCAGCUUCUGUCUACUCCACCCAUCCUCCUCUACAGCCUGCAGCAGCUUCUGUUCCAUCACAGGCCAGCACAGUCACUCCUGCUUUGGAUGCGAGUGCUGGACUUGUCCCUUCUAAUUUAAACCAGGCACAGGAGCAGGUCUUGGAGCCUUCUCUUUCUCCCCCUUCAUCCUCCUCCACCCCCUCCUCUGUGCCCGCUGUCUGUCUCAGCCCUCCUUGUUCCUCUUCCCCUCCUCCUCCUACUGUCAUAACUCAGUCCAUCCUUCAGUCACAGGUACUUUCCCAGGUGCCCCAACCGCAGGGACUGGUGCAGGUCCAGGGACAAGCACAACAGCCCCAGGCUUUCACCCAGCCUCAGUCUCAAACUAUUUCUGCUGUCAUUGCUCCUUCAGUACCUUCCAUUUUACCAUUGGCCAGCAUCUCUAGCAUCCCCCAAACAAUGCUCACCUCUCCUCCUCCCGCCCAGACUGUUCCGCUUGUAUCCUCCCCUCCCUCCUCCACUCUAACAGCCAGCGAAGUCUCCUCUGAUCAUCAGUCAGUCUCUCCCACCUCCUUCUCCACUCCUUCCCUCUCCUCCUCUGUCAUCCCCACUACUGCCAUCCCAGGCCCCCAGCUUGCUCCCUCCGCCGCCUCCCACCCCACUCCCCCCUCCUCCUCCUCCGAAGUGGGGCUCCUGCCGGUGACAACCAAUGUUCCUUCAGUCCAACCAACCUUGGUCCACUCCCAGCCGCAGACAGCAGCCCUGCCUGGGCAGGUGCACACACACUGUGGGGAAUGUGAUGCAAGGUGUGAGGCAUCCAUUGAUUCCCAAGGCAAACCGGACGACAUCCAAGUUCUGGAGAAGAAGCUGCGGUCACUCUUCAUGGACCUCGGUGGAGGGGUGCCAUCGUCCCAGGGAGACAUCUUAGCUGCUGACCCUACCUCCGGAGCCCACGUAGCAGGCACCUCGUCCCCGAUUGGCCCCUGCUCUACCUCCAGCACAUCUGUCACUGCAACUGGCUCCAGCCCGCCAGCCAAUCCUCCUCAGCCCCCCACCACCCUAGCUCUGACGUCCCCUGCUCCAAUCCAGGGCCCUGGAACACCAAUCUCCACCCCUGCACCGAUCGACUUCAUGAUUUCAGUUUCUACAGUCAUCCCUGCUUCAUCCUUUGGCCAGACCACUCCAUCCAAACCCCCCUUAUCCAGGGCACCGGCCAGUUCUCCUCCUUCAGAACUCCUGCCAUCUUUCCCUGGACCUUGUCUAACACAGUCCCAGCAGCCUCUGGAGGACCUAGAUGCUCAGUUGAGGCGAGCACUGAGCCCAGAGACGGUUUCCGUCAGCGCACACCCACAGGCCUCUCACAGUGGCAUGCCUUCAGUGGGACAAAUUCCCUUCUCUCUGGAGGAAGAAACUGUGUCCUCUGCUGGUCCUGCAAUUAAACUGGGAAGAUUUCAGGUCUCGUUGGCUGCUGAAGAGCCUCCUGUCAAACGCCCGGCCUGCACGGAGUCUUCCUCCACCACCUCCUCCUCCUCGUCUUCUUCCUCCUCAUCCUCCUCCAGUCUCUCCAGUCCGGAGAAUACACUGCACAAGGAGUCCUCGUCUCCUCUGAGAGGGGGAGGAGGACAACGAGGAGAUGUAGUGGACGGACUCCCCCAAAGGACUCUGGGAGGGUCUCACCACCCCUCCCCCCUCACUUCACCCUGUCCCUCCCCUAAACCCACCACUACCAUUGGACGCUUCCAGGUUACCACCAGCCCCGAGGCCCGUGUUGGUAGAUUUUCAGUCAGUCGUGCCCAGGAGCAGAACCUUGAGUCCAGGCAGACGCCUCCCCCCGCCACCCGGGCUACUAACGGACCCAGUGAUCCUGGUCCGAUUUUGAGUCCAGACUCCACUCAUAAAGCUUCGCUGCCGAAUCUAAACAACAACUCCUUCAAUAACUCCUACAUCAGCAGUGACAAUGACUCCGAAUUUGAGGAUGAAGACUUUAAACGGGAAGUCAGCCGCCUCAGAGAAAAGCACAUGCGUGAGAUUCAGGCCCUCCACUCCCGCCAGAAGGAGGAAAUUGACUGUCUCUUUACCAAGCUGGGAAAGGUUCCUCCAACUGCAGUGCUCCCUCCAGUUAUAGCCUUGACUGGCAGAAGGAGACGACCUACCAAAAGCAAAUCCUCUAAAUCGUCCAGAACCAGCUCCACGCACAGCAGCAAGAGUCCAUUACAACCAGGCAGCACUUUAUCCGCCCAGAGCGUCCCCACCAUGUACCCCGGCCAGCUGGCUCUUUUAGCCCCAGGAGGAUUAGCCGAUUCGGGCAGCAGUACUCUGCUCCAGCCACUCAAACCCUCUCCCUCCAGCAACAACCUGUGUUCAGCCUACACCAGCGAGGCAGCGCUCUCUGUGCCCAGCCUAUGUGCUCCCACCCCAGGCUGUGUAAAGUUCAGCUGGGGUUCGGAGCGUUUGGCCUUCAAGCCUGGCAGCAGGAGGACGCGCUUUCUGAGUACGCCCUGCUUGGCUCUUUGGAAGAUGGUGAAAAAAGUCUGCCCCUGCAACCAGCUCUGUAGGACUAACAGCACCAAUGCCGUGAGUGGUUCAGGUGGUUUGGGUCACAGCCAGGGGGGUUCUCAAUACCUGCCCCCCAACAUGUCAACCCCCCACCAGAGGAAAGGAACCUUCACCGAUGACCUUCAUAAACUGGUGGACAACUGGGCCAGAGAUGCCAUGAACCUCUCACAGGGGAAGAGGAGUGCCAAACAGUUGCAGCAGGCCCCAGCACAGGGACACAGCUAUGAGGUUAUCCAGUCAGCCAGUCUGAGUAGGAAGUACUCUGCUCCCAGCCAGCUGUGUACCAGCAGCAUUGGAGGUUCAGCCCACCUCCCUACUAACGCCACCACCGCUACCUCUAUGGCCACUCGCAAGGGCUCCCUGUGCCACCCCUCUGUCUCCUCCACUCCAUCUCAACCCCAACCCCAGUUCAUCAACUACACCCCAACCGCUGCCUACAGCGCACAAUGGUCCGGUCCGGCUCACGGCCUGUCGACCCCACACCAGGGCCCAGCACAGCCUGGGCCUCUGCUGGUCAGUACCUCCCAGCCCCUGGGUCCCUACCCCACCACGGUUGGUGGACAGGGCCAGAUUUCCGGGCAGGGGCCGCUCCAGGCUUUCCAUCUGACCAACACUCUGCAAAAGUCGGUCAGCAACCCAGGAGGACCCAACCUGAGGACCACGUAGGGCUGGGGGUGAGGGCUGGUUUGAAUCACGGCCCGACUGGACUGGACAGGUGUGGAACAGAGUGUUACUUGGGCUUGAUCGGCCGGAGAGGAUGGAAGAACUGCAGGAGCGUGGUGAGCAAGGAGUUUGAAGUGACAGAAGCUGACCUGUUCAAGAGGAGAAAAGAAAAAUGGAAAGGAAGAGGAGAGAAGAAAUCAGGAAUGCGAUGUGGCCAUCUCCACAGUUUGUCACAUAACCUCCCCCUCUGCUGUGUUUGACUGUGGGCUUGUAACAGCUGGCCAAAUGCUCAAGGAUAAUGGAAAAGACUCAUGAGUGCAAUGUUAAAAGGCCAAAGAGGUUGUGACAGGAUGUGGGAUUGGUGUUAAUAACUGUUUGUGUGUAAGGUAUUGUGCAUAGGCACGCUCACACUUGUUCCUCUUCAAUUUUUAAAUUGAUGAACAACUCUAGGUCACACCAUCACCCUUGUGAGAUAGUGGAGGGGAGAUGUUAUAUCAGGUUGAGUGCGGGGGGGUUCACACAGCACCUCUUAAAAGCGUAUAAUGCUGAAGCUUAAAGUAUUUCUAACUUUUAGCUCUCGGAGUAUUAAUCCUUAAGUUCUCAUCGAAGACAGAAACAUGCAACAAUGCAGUUUUCCCAAAUUUAAUACAGAAAAGACUUUGGCAUUCUUUAAAGAAGUAACUGGUGGGUACAGAGGAGAGCAUGGAUGGCCAUCGCGUUAGGGUUGUCUUUCUAAGUGGUCAUUGUCAACAUCAAAUGAUGCACAAGAGGGCUGUAUCACUCUGAAAGCAAGCAGUUUAUCUUAAGUUCAGAAAUCGUUUUUUUUCUUCAGUAUUCAGAAUUUGAAAAUUUUCAUUCAAAGCACAAAACAAUCCGAAACAAAUAAUACGCACAUUGAGAAUUUGAACGGCUGCAGCUGAGCUGACCUCGAGCGUGGUUUAGAGUAUUGUUCAGCACUUGGCGGAGUUUUGACUCGUCAGCUUGAGAAAAUUUCUGACUUCUACGACCUUACGUGUCUUGUUCCUCCCUUGUUCUGACAAAGCAUUCAAACAGAUGGAGAGAGAUGGAGGAGAGAAACUAGAUGAAGAGGGAGGGGAAGCAUGAGUGUUUAUGUUAAAUAACAGUCAAACACCUCAUCUGUUUCAUGUUCCACUGCUUAUUUUAGGAACAUACUGGCUGUGUGCACCACUGCUACAGUGCUGACUGCACAUUGACAGAUGCUUCUGAACACCAAACACCUCUUCACCAUCACGACUCCACCUCUUCCUCCAUUCCUCUCUCCGCCUCUCUGUUGCCAUUUGAAGCAAUAACAGCAGAAACCUUUCAGAGGGGGGGAUAAAAACCCAAACAUGAGAGAACUCACCGGAAAUAAGUGGCCUUGUUAUCAGAAUAAUAUAGAGUCCCUGUACAGUUUGUGUCUCCGUUUAUUUUUUAGAAUGUCAGCUAUGAUGAUUCCAUUUUGUUGUUUUAUUAUGAUUUUGUUUUGGUGGUUUUGUUUUGCUUGCUGCCCCCAGCAAGCACACUCUCUCACUCACACACACACACACACACACACACACACACACACACACACACACACACACACACACACACAGAGUGCAUGAGACAUUCAUUUAAAUACACAUGCCUACAUACACACACAGUCAUGCACAGACUUAUGUAAAUACACGCGCAUUGUUGGACGCGUAGCAGAUGUUUAACAGACAUAGUUUCAGAGACUAAUGCCUUAGUUCUUAGUUUCAUCAUGAGGUUGGUUUCAACAAUUGUGUUGAAAUGAUUGCAAUGUACAUUAUUGUCAUAAUUAUUGUUGUUAAUGAUUAUUGUUCUAUUUAAAAAGAAACAAAAACAAGAACAUGUUCUGUCGAUGGACCUGUUAUAUGCGCACAUCAGUGUACGAUGUGGAAACACUGUGAUUACUGUUGUUUAUUAUUAGCAAAUGUUGUUGGACAACAUUAGUUUUAGGGUGAAAUGUCAGAAAUUAAAAACAAAAGCAUACAGAGAAUGGUUUGGGGUCCUUUCACUUUCAAUUCACUGCUUACAGCAAAUGGAUUCUCAUCAAAAUGUGAAAAUUUUAAAUCCCUCUUUUCAAUAACUGUCCUCGCAAUCACUUACUGAGGAUGUGAUCCAAAACAAAUGCCUUACUAACAACUAAUCGACUGCAGUUUCAGUUCAUCUUUAGAACUGAUUGAAUUGAAAGUCGAAACUGACAUCCAAGCCCAAUUAUAAAGACAAACCGGGGUGAAUGGCAGGAUAGAUAUUUAGAUAAUAAAGUAAUGCUAGCUAUUUUUUUCUUAAUACAGUUCUUGUAUAUCAGACACUUUAAAUAGCCCUCCUCUUCCCUUUCUCCCUGGUUUUGUUAGAUGAAUGUGAAUGUAUAAACCAAUGGUGUCCAUUUUAAUGUACUUGAAAAAAAGGUCUCUCUUUUAUUUCUUUUAUUUUCACAUUGUUUCUUUUGCUUUCCCCCUCUCCCUAGAGCCUCUGGUUAAUACUGGAGGUACUUACUAGUGCCUUGCAUCCUUCCUGUUGCUUGUUUCGUUGUGGGGAUUGAGGACUUGGGUUAAAGUAAGCACAGUUGACAGCAGAUGUGGAGAGUUUUGGGUGGUGUCACUUUGAAGUCAGUGGUGAUGAUGGUGGUGACUGGACUUGGUGUUAGUGGAGAAGGCAUGUAGUAUUUUUGGUCGAGAUGCAGUAAUAAUAGUUGUUUUAGUUGUCAGCUGCCGCUGUGUGCGCUAUAGCUGGUUUCUGGUUAGUUCUCCUUGAUUUCAGCUAAUUGAGAGUGUGUUUUCCCCAGGUUGGAUUUAAAAAAUGAAAAUAACUGUUAACAAGACAAACUUAGCUGAGAAUUGGUAGAAAGAUGAAUUGACCUUAACUCUGCUGCCAUUUAAGCCAAUGAGAUUUACCACUUAAGAUUGAAAAAGGCAGCAUUUGAUGUCAGUGCUGUUUCUGGGAGGUGACUCCCAUUGCUGUGCUUUACAUACACGUGAGGUUACACCACAACAUGAUGAAAGAUGAGCCGAACAUUAGUCUAUCAUUGCCUUUUUUUUUUUCUCUCCAGUAUUUAAAAUGUAGAUAUUGGGGGAUAUUUUUCUGGUUUUAAGCAGGGAGUUACUGAAUAUUGUAUUUGAAGUUUGGACCACUCUACUUCAGAGGCACUGGCCCAGGUGCAGGAUGCUUUCAGUAGAGGACACAUUGUUACAGCGAACAAAAGUUACUGUCUUUUAAUGUUCUUUUAAUUACAAAAACAAAUGAUGAUGCUAUGACCUCUGGAUUAAAAAACAUCUCCUGCCCUGGUUAUGAGCACAAUUUGAUUAUUAUUCAGUGAAUAGUGAGUGCAGACAAUUGCCACAUAGAAACAGCGCACUCUGUUUUGUUUUGCUGAAAGUACUAUAUAAGGCACAUCUUCUAUAUACUUCACAUGGAUUUGCAGUCAAAUGACCACAACGUAGUGAAACGGCAGCCUCAAACUGAGCAGAGUGACUAUAGAGCCAUGACCACAUGCCCAAAAAAAUAAUUACCAUGAAGUAGUUAUGCAAUUACAGACUUUAAAGGCCCUGAAAACUUUAUAAAUAUUUUAGAUAUAUCAUAUUUAUGGUAAAAAAAAACUGCAAUUGGUAGUAAAUUUUUCCCACUGAGCCCCACCCACUUCAAAUCAGUGAGAGAAAAAGAAACGAAGAAAUACAGAAAUCUCUGAUGUACAAUAACCAAAGCUGUCCAAACUUUGGCAUAAAAUAGUGUUUUCUUGUAGGGACCCAUCACUCGUAGAAAGAAGAAAAUAUUUUUUCAGGGCCUUUAAGUGUUAACAGCAGCGUAAAAUAAAAAGUAUUAAGAAUCAAGGAACAUAGGCUGCGAAUGCUUACAGCAUUCACACUCAAAUAUACAGACUCCAAAGAUGCAUAUUAUAGAAUUUGAUUGAUUUUUGGAUCGCUUGUAAGUCAUUGGCUAAUCUUCCAAGAGUCCACAAACUCCACAUUAUAGGAGCCAUCUUGCCCCUUAAGUCUAGCCCAUUGUUGUCCAAUUUUAUUUUGCUAUCUAACCUUUUUAUAAUCAAAAAGCCAUUACGAGGCCAGCCGAACUCUACUGUCUUUUUAACAGAUUUGGCUGGGAAUGCCGCCUCCUCUGAGAAUUGCUGCUAUCGGACAAAAAUAAAUAAAUUCUGCUAAAGGUAUGAAAACUGUCUCAUCCUUUCCUAUUCCCACUGUAUGUAUUCGAAGCUGCACCAUUGGGGUUUAACAGCGUUUAAUAGUCACAGAAAUCACUAUGUAAACCAAAAAUUAAAAAAAUUUAUAUUUUAACAUAAGGGCAUCAGACUGCUAGAGGUGUUGGUGGUGGUGAUAACGGCAGUGGUGGUUAAAAUGACUGUGAGCACAGCGGUGGUUAUGAUGAUUGUACUGGUGAUGAUGGGGGUUAUGAUGAUGAAAGUAAUGUUGAUAAUGGACUUAUGGUGGUUUUAGAUUCAAGGCUUUGACACCCUGUCCUCUUUUCUUUCUCAUAUCUGGUACAAACUUUGACAUUCACUUAAAAAUGUCUUCUUAUUUUUUGCUGAGAAUGGGUGUUCUGGAUUCACAUAAAAACACAAAAAGGUAACGCGUGUGUAACGUUUGUACAAAAACCCUGAUUGCUUUUGCCUCUUUUAAGAGAGAUUUUCCAUUUCUCAUGAAUAAUAAUGCAACAUUUUUUUUACUACUUGGCAAGUUUGGUUGAAGCUGUGAAUAAUCAUUGAGCCACUUUGCUUAAGUUCUGGUUAUGAUCAUUCUGUUUAUCAUGAUCUGUUAAAAGAAGUCAAACCUUUAAUGAUGCCACCAACUCAGUGCCAUUUGAUGUUUUGUCAGUGGAGUGGAAACAUCAGAGAUAAAGAAUUAAAAGAGAAAAUUUAGUGUAUUUACCUGCUUUUACUCACUGGAGCUGUUACAUUUGCCAGGUAACAACCUGGAUUUUCACUUUGCCAUUGCUCGAGCCUCGGAUGAUUUCCACUGUAGGAGUUUGAUAACAUUUUGCUGUGUCUCCACUUAGGCUACUUUCAAUGGAUUGCAAUGCAAUAUUAUUUAAUGUUACAGUAUGCUAUCAAGCUCUGAGGUUGCAUGCUGUAGGGCUCUUACUUUAUUAAAGCUCUGGAGUUAAACUAGGGUGCAAGUAUUUUAAAGAGUUGGAGUGGAGAACUCUUACUGUGAAAGGCUUGAGAGUUAUCUAGUGUGCAGGCACUCUUAUUGUGAAGUUACCUGAGGUUCAAGUAGGAUUCUCUUUCUGGUGACACACUUACAGUGUAGCAAUAGAUGUUUUUAACUCGCUUGCAUUAGAUUCAGUUUCUGUUUUGACAGUUUCAGGACUCGCUAACCUUUUUAUGCUUUUUACUGUAGAAGUGCCCACAUGUAAUAUAUAAAAAUGCCUUUCAGUGCACCAACAGAUCAACACACACACAUACAGAUUCAUUCAGUUCAAUUCUCCUUGCUAUUUCGUGUAGCUUGCUCCUGUGGAAUUAUGUCGAGUCUCGAGCACAGCAACAGUUUCUACAGACUGUUUGUCUCAACGUUUUAAUUAUGUUUUUGGUCUCACUGAUGCUUUCAUGUUUUAUUUUUUAUUUCUCACUUGUUUUAUCAGCAGUUUUAAUGUCUGUAGCGGCACCUAACUAAAUUCAGUGUUUUCAUUUUUCUGUAUCGUGUUUGACAUUGUACAAAGUUAUUGGAUUAAAAACAUACAAGGAUAAAUGAAUGAAAGAGAAAGCAAAAUAAAAUACAUGUAGGGAGUCAUCGGCAGCCUUUAAAGGUAUGUUUUGCACUAAGUAUAGAGUGUUCAAGCUUCAUAUUAAAAAAACCUUGCGCUUUGCGCUACAAUACAAUGAACUUUGUUACUUUAUUUGUAAAAACUUAAUAAAUAAAAGUUGUUCAAAUGAA